ACCCCCAUCCACUCCCUCUUCUUCCUUCUAUACUAACACUCACCUGCCACUGCCCUGUUCUGUUCAUGUCUCGUCCCUGUCCAUGUCCACCUGGACUAUCUCCUCUCCCUCCCUCCGAGCUCCAUCCCUAACCCUAACAACCACCGCCAAUGUCACCGCACGCAGCCCCCUUCGAAUCUCCACUCCCCAAAUUCUCACUUUCUUCCAACUUUUUCCCCAAAAUUAUCCUCAAUUUACACCUUACUAGCUUUCCCUCCAAACACCAAAGGCUCGCCCUUUCUUCCAAAACUCUCUGUUCUCGAUCCUCCAUCCCACCUGAUCCCCCUAAAACCGUAAACCCAAUCUCCCUUCUCCGCGCAAUUCCCGACUGGGCUGACCGCGUAAAAGAGCGAGGAAUGCAGCAGAAUCGCUCUCUUUACACCCACCAGAAAUGGGUCGAACACAGAAGUUCCCUUCGCCACAUCCGCCACUUACUCUCUAGUCUGCAAUCGCGGGUUAUUUUAUCUUUAAUUCCUCCGGUUCUUGCCUUCACUUCAGUGGCUGCUAUUAUAGCUAUCUAUAAUUCUUCGGUGGAGAUGCAAUUAUUGCCGGGGUUUUUCCCUCUUUUGAGGGCUUCUUCUCUGCCUUAUCAGUUGACAGCUCCGGCAUUGGCGCUGUUGCUGGUGUUUAGGACGGAGGCUUCUUAUUCCAGAUUUGAAGAGGGGAGGAAAGCCUGGACUAAGGUGAUUUCGGGUGCAAAUGAUUUCGCCAGGCAGGUGAUUGCUACGGUUGACAGUUCCAGGGAUGCUGCCCUUAAAAAUGCUCUUUUGCAUUAUAUUAUGGCCUUUCCAGUGGCACUUAAGUGCCAUGUGAUGUAUGGUUCAGAUAUUGUCCGAGACCUCAGGAAUUUGCUUGAAGUAGAUGAUCUGGCAGUAGUCCUCAAUUCAAGACAUCGGCCUCGCUGCAUUAUUGAGUUCAUUUCCCAGUGUCUUCAAUUGCUCAACUUAGAGGAAUCAAAGAAAAUUCAGCUGGAGUCAAAGAUCUCAUGUUUGCAGGAAGGAAUUGGUGUCUGUGAACAGCUCAUGGGAAUUCCCAUUCCACUCUCGUACACCCGCUUGACAUCAAGAUUUCUGGUCCUUUGGCAUCUCACUCUUCCAAUAAUACUCUGGGAUGAUUGCCACUGGAUUGUGGUCCCUGCGACCUUCAUCAGUGCUGCUUCCUUAUUUUGCAUAGAAGAAGUUGGUGUUCUGAUCGAGGAACCAUUUCCAAUGUUAGCCCUUGAUGAGCUUUGCGGUCAAGUUCGCAGUAAUGUUCAGGAAGCAAUUGGAGCUGAAAAGGCCAUCCAAACUCAACUGAUCGCAAAAAGAAAGAACCACCCCUGUGAGCGCUCAACAAAUGGUUGGCCCAACUCAUAGGCUCCUAAAUCUUAAAAGCCUGAUCCAAGAACUAUUGCCGGUAAACUACUGAGAUUUUGUGGAGCUUGCAGUCCUCUCAUUUAAGCCUCACAACAUAGCUGAGGUGAAGCAUUCAAAUAUACACAGAAGGCAUUUUCCCCGGAGAAUAUUUUGUGUGUACAGAGCAAUAUCACUGUGAAUGUGCUGUGGCGUAUAUAGAAGGAAUCUCCAACAGUAUUUGCAUGCAAUGAGGACAGUGGUGCACUGCAACGGGGUAUAUAUUGUCAGUCUCCCAGUUGCAGGUGAUGAUAAUUCCAGUGAAAUAUGGUUGCAGAUUCAUGUUGAAGUGUAAAUUAUACUAUGAUACAUGUUUGUGAAUUCGUAUACAGAUCUUAUGAAUAAUGUUAAAAUAAUUAAGUUUUCA